AUGCCAGGAGAUGUCAUACUGGGGACAUUAUUUAACUUUUCAUUACCUGUUUUACUACUGACCGCAAUAUCAGUGAGAUUCAAUGGAUUAUCAGUGGUGUAUCUCCUGUUUCUGUUGUCCUUGCCUCUAAUACCCACUCCAAACACGGCUACUAUCAAGGGGAAAUCUGGCAGGUUUCUUCGCACUGUUUGCUCCACUGGAGUCAUAUUUCUGGCAUUGCAAUGUGGGAUGCAAAUCACCUUCGCUUAUAUUCCCAAAGAUGAGACUGGGCCAUGGGAUGAUGUUUUCUUUCACCUCGGCAUUGUCAGGUUCAGUGAAGUGGACACAUUAAACAUAAUCCGCCUGCUGACGCCAGAUGUGGUGGUGUCCGUGUCAACACUGUUCAUCAUCCGCCGGUGUAAAGCCAAAAAGCCCCAUCAGAGUGAAGAUGGCGGAGCGAUGUACAACACUGAGGGCUCAGAUGAAGAGAUGUCCGACUCAGAAUGUGAAGCGGAGAGCAGAGGAUCUGAGGACUCCUCUUUCGACACCUCCGCCGAGACCCGUGUUCCUCCAGACGCAUCUCCAGACGUCCUGCAGAAACUGAUGCUCUUCGUGAGCGGUCUGAGACUCCUGGUGUCGUCUGUAAUGAACACUGCUGGAAGAGUCCUGGUCACCUUUCUGCUGGGACUAGCGGGUAUUACGUUCCCCUGUCUGACGUCGGCGCUGUAUUUCAGUGUGUUUCUGAUGCUGGUGUGGUGCUGGGUGCUGGACUGCUCCAUCUCUCUUCUGUUCUUCAGCUCUCUGUGUGUAAUGAUGACCAUCUUCAGUGGAGGACAUGUGCUGAUCCUCUACCUGUACCAGCUGCCCCUCGCACAGCAGAUCAUUCCCCCUCGCGAUCACUUCUCCAGGUUGUUUGGAUUGACAGCCCUCAUCAAAACCAACAUGUCCGAGCCGUACAGCCUGAUCCUGCAUGAGGACAGCAGCUGGCCUGCAGUGGUGAAUCCGCUGGUCCUCCUGCUGCUGUAUUUUUCAGUCAUGAGUCUCCUUCACAAGUGGGCUCACUCAGUUAAUCAGGAAACUGCUGAAAACUAUGCUGAGGACUCAAGCCUCUCCAAAAUGCACAAUUCCCCCCUGGAAAGAAGAGUAGAGGCCAUGGUGUGGAAAAGGACAUGGCAAGACCAGGAAGAUUCUGGAGUGAAUUCUCUGCUUCUGGAGGACGACUACCCGAAUUGCUUUACUUUGUCUCCAUAUACACAGAAGAUCUCUUAUGAAUAUACUGUGGAGAAGGAGAGCUGUGAUGGAGGGCAUGAGAUAUUAAAUGAUGUGGAUCCUCCGCCUGAUCAGUCUGGACCCAGUGCUGUGGUCCUGCUGGGACAGUUCAUCAUGAAACAGAGCUAUAUAAUCGCUCUCAUCAUCACAAUGGUUUGGAGCAUCAGCUAUAACUCCUGGCUGACGUUAGUGUUGUUGGUGUGGUCGUGUGUGAUCUGGAUGCUGAAGGACCGCCGGCGGUUCGCCAUGCUCAGCGCUCCUUUCCUUGCGGUCUACGGGACGCUGCUGAUAGUAGUUUCGUUUAUCAGUCAGCUCCAUCUGAAGCAUAUUGACAUUUUCCCUACUGUACCAAAGCUCGUCCUUAUUGACUUUGAUGCUUACGGUUAUCCUGUGCCCUGCGUGCACCUUGCUGCAAAGGUUUCUUAUAGUUUUAGUUUCUGGAUUUUGCUUAGGCAACGGCUGAUAGAAAAAAACGAAGAGGAGUUACAGAACGAGGACGAGCUAAAGGAAGUCAAAGUUCACGCACGUGACAGCAGUAAUAAUUCUCCAAUAAUUGUAGUGUUGGGAUCUUUAGUGAAAGGCAUGUUGGUCAAGUACUGGAUCUUCUGCUGUUGCUUCAUGUUCUUCUUUGUCAGUUUCUCGGACAAAGUGGCGGUCUACAAAAUCCUCUACAUCUGCUUGUUCCUGUUUGGUGUGGUUCUGUAUGAGGUACAUUACGACAAAUGGAGAAGUCAGCUGAAGUAUUUCUGGGCAGUGGUGGUCGGAUACUCCAUGCUGGUGUUGAUCCUGAUCUACAUCUACCAGUUUAAAAGUGUCUGUAAGCUGUUUCAACAGAUAUUAGGCCUGUCAGAGGAGAGGCUGCGCGAUCUUGGACUGGAGCAGUUUGACACGGUUGAACUCUUUGCACGAAUCUUACGUCCAGCUUUCUUCCUCCUGGCCUGCAUCCUUCAGCUGCAUUACUUCAACUCGGACUUCCUCUCUCUGACUGAUCUGAACACAGUUACGACAACCAACAGAGCAAAGAGAGAAGAAGACCUGAAAGAAACACUGAAGGGGGUUUUUGACAUAAUGAAGAAAAGCUCUGAGAAGUUGAAGAAAUGGCUGAAGGACGGGCAGCUACGAGGAAAACAAGCCGAUCAAAUGAACUCCUCAUCUUCCACCUUGGAUGAACAUCAAGAAUUCGAUUCGGAGGAUGACGUGCCGGUGGUGGUGCAGCAGUGGUUGUUGGUGUUGGAGCGGCUGCACGAGCUGAUCCUGCGUUUCGUCCUGCUAUUAUGGAGAGUUCAGGAGCUGUGCUGGAGGUUACUGGAGCUCCAUAGCUUCAAACUCGUCUCUACCGGCAUCAUCUGGGUGUGUGUGAAGGAGGUAUCACUGAUGAACUUUGUGUUUUUGGUGUUGUGGACAUUUGCUUUGCCGUAUCCCAAACUGCGGCCUGUGGCUUUCAAUGUGUCCUCCGUGUGGGCGUGUGUGUUGGUCGUCUGUAAAAUGAUGUACCAGCUGAAAAGCAUCGAGCCAUCAGAGUAUUCACCAAACUGCACUGCUCGUCUGUCUUCCUCCAAUGAGAGCGGGACUCUUGAUGUGCCAGCUGAUCUACUGGAGAAUUCAGUUCUGUAUUCGGCACCUGUGGACCCUUUGAUGUGGGUCGGCGGACUGAAGAAGUGUGAGGAUCGCAUCCUGCCCUGCCUCUGGAAUCACCUGUUGAUUUUAGGUCUGCUUGUGGUGGAUGUGACGGUCCAUCGGCACCAGCUCCACCACCGCCUUCAACACGGCCUAAAAACAGCAAACAGCAGCAUCAUAUUUCAGGCUGUCACGCACCAUCACCUGGACCACGGCAUCCUGCCCUCCAUCAGAUAUUUUCUUAAUUAUUUCUUCUACAAGUUUGGUUUAGAGGUGUGUUUCGUGGUAGCGGUGAAUGUGAUUGGCCAGCGGAUGGAUCUCUGUGCGCUUCUGCACUCUUUGGCUCUUAUGGCGGUUCUGGCUCGUCGUCGCAGGAAAGCCAUUGGAGAAGUCUGGCCAAAAUACUGCAGCUUCAUCGCCAGCUUCAUGGUGCUGCAGUACCUGCUGUGCAUCGGCGUACCACCAGCCCUCUGCAUCGAUUACCCCUGGAGGAGUUCAUCUCCAGCUUUGAGUUCUAACCUGAUAAAGUGGCUGUAUCUACCAGACCAUGCCAUGAGUCCCAACGCCACCUUCAUCCUCUAUGACUGUCUGCUGCUGCUGGUGGCGUCUCUGCAGUGGAAGGUGUUUGAGGAGGAAAAUCAGGCCUGUGUGAGACUCCUGGCUGGAGAAAACGUGGAGAUCAGCCGAAAUCUGGAUCCACAGACACUGAAUCAAUACACUCCUGUCAACAACUUCCUUCACUGCCGGUCGUAUCUGGACAUGGUGAAGGUGUUUGUGUUCAGUUAUUUUUUCUGGCUGGUGUUGUGUCUCAUCUUCAUCACGGGAACCACCAGAAUUAACAUGCUGUGUCUGGGUUAUCUGGUGGCCUGCUUCUACUUCAUGCUGUUCGGAGGCACAUUACUGCUGCAGCCGGUGCAGUACGUGCUGAGACUGUGGGACGCUCUGAUAGCAUACACCUGUGUGGUCAUCAGCCUCAAAAACAUGCUCUCGCUUGGCUCUUGUGCGUAUCUGGAUCCUCUACAGAAGCAUGGCUGUUGGCUAAUUCAGGCUUUUAGCAUGUUCUGCACCAUCAAAGGCUACAGUCUGCCGAAGCCUGACAGUCAGUGUGAGCUGCCGGAGGGUGAAGCGGGCAUCAUCUGGGAUGCCAUCUGUUUCACUGUGCUCCUGGCUCAGAGGAGGGUCUUCCUCAGCUACUACUUUCUCUAUGUCGUGUCUGACCUGCAGACGUCUAAGAUCCUCGCUUCAAGAGGUGCAGAAUUGUUUGAAGCCAAAGUGAAGAAACAGGUAGCAGCGAGAUUAGAGAUGGAGAUCAAAUCUGUGGAGAUCCUGAAGAAACAAAUGGAGAAGAUCAAAUCAAAGCAGAAUCCUCCUCCUCAGCAGGUAUCAUCAUCUCCUGCUCAUCCUGAAUCCUCACAUCUGCCAAAGCGCAAAGAUGGAGACUGUGGAUAUGAUAUGUUUGACACUGACAGUGAGGAAGAGGAAGAGGAGGUGAAGGACGGGGCACAGGAGAGCAUUUCACCUACAAAGAAAACCGCCUUUCAGUUAGCGUAUGAGGCCUGGGUGGCAGGCCCGAAAGCAGCCCUGGAAGCCUAUAAUCAGCAAGAACAAGAAGAAACCAGAAAAGAGAAAAGAAAGCUGCACAGACAAGAGGGUAUCGACAAAGAUGAGUCUGAAGAAGAGCAGCAGGAGGAGAGUCUUAAAGAAGAUGAAGAAAAAGAGGAAGAAAAAGAGCACAUAUUCCGGCGUAUUCUUGACACGGUGAAGUUUCUCUGGGUUUUCCUUCUGCGUUUGACGGAGGAUGCCAUAUCAGGUCUGAAUGCGCUCUGUAAAGACAGCCUGAACAUCUCUAAGGUGCUUCGCUUUGAGAAAACUCUACUGAGCAUACAGCAGAACAAGGGCAGGGACGUCAAUCAUGAGAGCAUCCAUAAGUUCUACAAAACCUGGCUGUCCAGACAAGAAACCGAGGACACGCUGGACACAGAAAAGGAGGAUAUUGAAGAAAUGAUCUGCUCUCCUCCAGCCGUGAGCAGCUACCCUCGGGGAUAUGUCAAACUCAACAGCGUUCACUCAUGGGGGAGCAGCCUGUCCAGCUGCCAGACUGAUGACACUCUCCUGGUGACCCGUCAGCCAACUCUUGAUGACGUGGAUGAGCUUGACUUUACACCGCUUGACUCUGAACAACUCUGUCCACAUGGAGAUGCCCUGUCAGAAACUCCUGAUUACAGUAAAGAGCUGAAGGAUCAUGAUGAAGGAUGUGAAAAGCUGACAGGGGGAUGGACACAUGAAGAAAAUACAGCUGACAUCGAAUUUCCCAAACAAAUGAAUCUGCACGAGGUGAAGAAUGAAGAGAUCCCAGAGCCCAGAACACUCAAUCAGGAGACCAGAGCACUUACUGCCAGUGAACUGCUGCUUAACAACAUGUUUGAUAUUCCAGAGAUCGAGGAGUCGGACCGAUUCUACUCCUCGUUGCCUCGUGGCCUGCGCCUCAUCUUUGCGCUGUAUAAUCUGAUGGAGUCUCAGUCGGAGAUGUUCUGCUACUUUGUGAUGAUCUUCAAUCACGUGGUGUCUGCUUCUCUGCUCACGCUCUUCCUGCCGAUCCUCAUCUUCCUGUGGGCCAUGAUGUCCGUGCCACGACCUACCAAACGCUUCUGGAUGACCGCUAUCAUCUACACUCAGCUCACAGUGGUGGUGAAGUACUUUUCCCAGUUUGGCUUCUUCCCAUGGACCACAUCAGCGUAUCUGGGCAUUAAUGCGGAGCGAGCGUUCGCCGUACCCAACAUUGUAGGAGUGGAGAAGAAAGACGGAUACGUCCUGGUAGACCUCAUUCAGUUAAUCGCUCUGUUCUUCCAUCGCUCCAUCCUCAAGUGUCAUGGACUGUGGGAUAACAAGGAGGUGGAGAUGCCAGACUUUUUCAAGAAGCUAAAGAGGAAAACGGAGAAAAACAAGAUGACUGGAGGAUCGAGACGACGAGAAGAAAACACAAGCAGACGAAUACCCUUCCUUCCUCUUCAGGUCUCUUUCCUUCGGAGACAGAGAGCAGAGAGUCCUGAGAGACUGGCAGAUGGGAACCAGAUGAGGAGGAAACAUUCACAGAAGAAGAAAAGUGUGCCGCUGAGCAGGAAGGAGCGAAUGAAGAAAUACAUGAAUGACCGAAUCCUGGAGGCCAAAGCUGCGGUCAUAGAGCUUGCUCUACACAUAUACCUACCCAUAAGGCAGUUCUUCUAUGACAUCAUCCACCCCGAGUACAGCCCUGUGUGUGACGUGUACGCGCUGAUGUUCCUGAUAGACGUGGUCAACUUCAUCAUCAUUAUAUUUGGAUACUGGGCUUUUGGAAAGCACAGCGCGGCUGCGGAUAUAACAGAGUCGCUGUCUGAAGACCAGGUUCCCGAGGCGUUCCUCGUCAUGCUCCUCAUCCAGUUCAGCACCAUGAUCGUGGACCGAGCGCUCUACCUGCGCAAAACCCUGCUGGGGAAGUGUGUGUUCCAGGUGGUGCUCGUCUUCGGGAUACACUUCUGGAUGUUCUUCAUAUUGCCUGGUGUCACAGAGAGGAGAUUCAACAGGAACCGAGUUGCUCAGCUGUGGUACUUUGUGAAGUGCAUCUACUUUGGUCUGUCGGCGUAUCAGAUCAAAUGUGGAUACCCAAACCGUGUGCUCGGAAACUUCCUCACCAAGAACCACAACUACUUCAACCUCUUCCUCUUUCAGGGGUUCCGGUUGGUUCCAUUCCUAACAGAGUUACGAGCCGUGAUGGACUGGGUGUGGACGGACACCACUCUCAGCCUGUCCAACUGGAUCUGUGUGGAGGACAUCUACGCCAACAUCUUCAUCCUCAAGUGCUGGAGAGAAGCAGAGAAGAAAUAUCCUCAUCGCCGUGGACAGCGGAAGAAGAAGGUGGUGAAGUACACCAUGGGCGGCUUCAUCAUUUUUGCUCUGAUCUGCAUCGUCUGGUUCCCGCUUCUCUUUAUGUCAUUGGUUAAAUCUGUAGCAGGAGUGACCAAUCAGCCUUUAGACGUGUCCAUCCAGCUGAGCAUUCUGGGAUACGAGCCGUUGUUCAGCAUGAGCGCGCAGGAGCACAAUCUGAUCCCAUACUCUCAGUCAGCCUUCCAGAAGAUGACCAAUCGCUUCGCCACGUACCCGUCUGCUAUGCAGUUCAUCGUGAACUAUAUGGCAGAAGACAUCGUGACGGCGAAGAUCAAGAGCGACGCCAGCCUGCUGUGGAGCGUCAGUCCUGCCAGCCGAGACGCCAUGAUCUCUGAGCUCAGCAACUCCACACACUUCUACAUCACACUGAGCUGGACUUUACUGCGAAAUGCCUCUGUGUCGAUGAAUGCGGAGACGGCUGGUGAACACACAGUGAAGUAUGAAGACCGUGUGCUGAGAGACCAGCUGGUGGCCAUGCUGAGAGGAACACGCACUCAGCCACUGUACACACUCCUCACACACACUCAAACAUGGACUCUUUCUGUGAGUCUCUCUCCUCAUGUCAUCUGUUUUCUACUGUCUCUGUCUGUCAGGCUGCUGGAGAAUCUGCUGCCCAAGUAUAUCAGAGGAGCGUCUGGACCCAACGCUAAAGUAGCACAUCGACUGCAAGUGGAGUUCUCCAGCGAGCCCGGGAAUGCAGAUCUGCAGUUCCUGCGUCCACUGUCGGUGAGUCUGCAGCAGGGGAACCGCAGCUCCCCAGACAGCGCCCCCCAGUGGUGGAUGGUGCAGGAGUGCUGGCCCGGACCUCCACCCGGCAGCUGCCGCAGCAUAGAGAUGGUGGUGUUCAAUGAUAAAGCCAGCCCGCCCAGCGUGGGCUUCCUGGCCGGAUACGGUAUCGUGGGUCUGUACAUGUCCGUGGUGCUGGUCAUCGGUAAGUUCGUGCGGGAGUUCUUCACAGGGAUAUCUCGGUCCAUCAUGUACGAGGAGCUGCCGUGCGUGGACCGCGUGCUCAAACUCUGCAACGACAUCUUCGUAGUGCGCGAGGCGGGAGAGAUGGAGAUGGAGGAGCAGAUGUUCGAGAAGCUCAUCUUCCUCUACCGCUCUCCCGAAACCAUGAUCAAGAUGACCCACAACAAGAACGACUAG